AAAUCCAGAGAGCAGGAAGUGUGAUGUGGCUUUGACUCCCAACAAAAUGUCGGCCAUUUUCAACUUCCAGUCACUGCUGACAGUGAUUCUCCUCUUAAUCUGUACCUGUGCCUACAUCAGAGCUCUGGCUCCCAGCCUGCUAGACAAGAACAAGACUGGGCUUCUAGGAAUUUUCUGGAAAUGUGCCAGAAUAGGUGAGAGGAAGAGUCCCUGGGUGGCUUGCUGCUGUGUCAUCAUGGCUUUCAGCAUACUGUUUCUACAGUAGCAGUCCAAAGAAAAUCACAAAUGGAAACAUUGGGGAAAUGAACAGACCACAAGGCAUGGACAAAUACAAUUCUAGAAGCACAACAAGAACUCCAGUGGCUGUCACUUAGAUAAUGUAAAAACGGAGACCCAUCACCACUCACUGUUGGCACGAUGAGAGAAAAUGUGUCUGUGUGGGAGGAGGGGAGAGCAGAUAGCCCCAGAGUGUGUCUAGAUCCCUUCCUGGACGUCGAGGUCUGUCCUUGUGUUUGGUUAGGUGGAAUGUUUACUCCGGAUGCAUGUGUGUGGGGGGGGCCAAUGCUUUCUAUUAUCUGCCAUUUAGUUUAAAGGAAAUAAUUCACAUUCUGACAUCAUUUGUGGGAUCAAAUGAUAUAUUGUUUGUCCACAUAUUUCAAACAGUCGCUUAAAAAGAUUUUUUUUUCCUUUUGAGUUAGUCACGUUUGCAUCUACCUGUUUGAAAUUCUUCAUAUCUCAUGAAUGUUUUGUGUUACAUGUGGACAUAAAGGUGUGACUAUGAAUCAUCUCACCACCCCCUUUGUAACCGGUGCCCUUUUUGUUGUAUCUUGAAAUGAUGAUCGUAACCCACAGCAAACAAAAUGGUAUUAUAGCUCUUCAGCUGUCGUACAUAUAAAGAGCUCAUGUUUUUAAAGCCAGUCAGUUUGCCGCUAUUUAUUAAAGAACCUUUUUGGAGA